AAUGCACAUUGAAGAGCUCCAAUAAUGGCUACGCUGGUGGAGGGUGAAAAGUAUGGGCUCUCUUCCACUUCAGCAAAUAACGAGCAAAAAAGCGUAGUCCAUGUUAAAUUAACGGAUUCCGCAUUAAAGGCGAUAGAAGAUUUACUUAAAUGCAAGGACAAGUCUAAGAAACCUUCAAUAUCCUUUAAUGGAAAUCAAGGGGUCAUCAACAUCCCAGCACGGGACUCUGGCAACUCAAAAACAUUCCAGUUCAGCGUUUCCAGUCUUGGGGAUGCUAAUGGCUUGGACUGUGUCCAGCAAACAGACUCCAAAAAUGGUAAUCAGCUGGUCAACUUGGGCACAAUGUCUGCCAGGUUGAAUGUCCAGGCUACAUCAGAUGUCUUCAGGCAGACUAAGGAAACGAUGAAAACGGCUCAAGAGGAGUGGACAAAAGUGAGGACACAGGAAAUCAAACUCAAUGGACGGAAUGGUGUCGGCCGAAAAAUCAAGAAAGUUAAACAUGAAUCUGAACUUAAAAACCCAAUUCCACCUACACGCCAAGAGAAGGAGCGGGAAUUUGACCUCAAGAAUCGAAUUCAAGAGGCCAAGCGUGAUGUGGAUAUUCGACUAAUGAUGCAGCACAGUGCCAAUAAUUCUAAAGUGAACCCUAUUCAGAACAGUGCAAUAAAAACAAGUAAAACAACUGCUGUCGUCUCCCCCUUCACCAACAAUUCAUCCUCACGAAAAGUAAGUCCAUCACAGUCACCGCACGAGGUGUCAUCGACAACUGGCGGAGUGCCUUCCCCUUCUUAUUCUUCCAGUCAGCCUGUCAAAACCACCAAAACUGCUGUCAUGUCUGCACCUAUCAGAGAAAGAAUUGUCCAUUUUCUUGCUCUCCGUUCAUAUAAGAAGCCAGAGCUUUAUGUUCGUUUGAUGAAGGAUGGUUUGAGUGAUGCUGAUCGUAAGGAAUACAGUACCUUUAAUUUAGAGGAUAUAGCUGUUCUAAACCCGAAAGAUAACCGAUACUCUCUGUCAAAGCAUGCCUUCUCCGAGGUCAAACUGGAUUGGCAUUACUACACUGACCAUGAAAGAGAACUGGUCAGAAAGAAGCUACAAAGUUUGUCUCCAGCAUCUUCCCCUGCCACAUGUCAGCCAUCUCCCAAAGCCAGUCCAACAAGUAGUACACAGAAAAGGCCAUGUGAACAGCCAGAACAAAAUCAGCCAUCAAAAAAACAGCGCAUAUCCCACUACCGCAAGGAAAACAGGCCAGCACUGACGGAAACGGCAGAAAACCGAGAGUCUGUCGGAAACGACCGCACUCAUAAAAAGGAAAAUAUCGAUGAUUCUGCUGAUGAAGCCUCCUCCACGUCGGAGACCCCGGAUUAUUUCCUUAAAUACAUAGCAAUAUCUAGUGGACCCCAGAGAGCCAAAUAUAAACAAGACUUUAAUACAGAGUAUCAGGAAUACCGUGACUUACAUGACAACGUUGAGAAAGUGACAAGAAAGUUUGCUGACCUUGAGACAUUAAUGAAACGAACUCAGCCGGGUACCGAAGAGUUUGAAAAUCUUAAGAAUAGAAUACGACAGGAAUAUAAGUACCAGAAAGAUGAUCACAAAUACAUGGAACAGAAAAAACGAUUUGAGUACCUACACAAAAAACUGGGUCACAUAAAACGCCUGAUUCUGGACUAUGAUAACAGUCAGCCAACAAUGUCAUAGCUGUGGAGUCUGGCAGAGUUAUGUCCCUUGCUGUAACUGACCUGACCGUGCCUGCUGACUGUGAUUCCAUAAAUAGCCUUAUAAAGGUACAACUUUUCCUCCAAAGAUCCUCCUGAUGAACGGGGGAUUCAGCCAUCUGGGUGCCUCUGUUUGUAUGUUUGUUUGUUUGGUGAGUCACAAGGUGGCAGACAUUUUUGUUCUGGUGAUUGCCCUGGUUGUAUGUCGAAAAAUGUGAUAUUCUUUAAUCUUUGUGUACAUUUUUGACAAAGGUACAUAACAGUAAGAUACACAUGUCAGAAUGGCAGUAUAAUAUUGUUAUGUCCUCUGUUUAAUGUUAUGAUGUAAUGAUGUUAAUAUGGCAUUAGAGAUUAUUGAUUGUGCUAAGCUCACAGCCAUUUUUGCAAUAGAGGGCAAAAUUUGUUCUUUUACUAAUUAUUAUUGCAUGACAUUGUAAGGCAUGACGAGGCUUUUUGCAGAAAGGGACAUUUUUUCUGCCGAGACUUAAUAUUUUUGUGAUUUGCCCAAUUAUGUAUUCUCCGUAAUGAUAACCUGAUUGCCCAUGGAUCUGACCUAGAAAUUGAAAAAAAUUGUUGCAAACAUAUCCCAGAUUUUCCAUGAAGACUUGUCAAGGCCAUUGUGAUCUGUAGGUACUUUUUUAGAAGAAAUAGAUCUAUAAUCAUGUAAUGAUUGAUCUGGACGAGAAUAAUUUGUACAUCUCUUCAGUUGAUUGUAUGUUUAACAUUCAGAUCUCAUGGUGAAAAGCUAAUUAAUUUUUGCAUAAUUAAUUUGUAAACUGAUGGUAUCUGAGUUUGUACAUAGCAGUUUUGUUUGUGUUGAUAUUUUAAUGUGUUGACAUUCAAUGUUUGGAUGUUAGUGCUAUAUUUAAGAUCAUUCAGCGUCAAGUGCCUUAUAAUUCCCUGUUAUACAACUGUUCCUAUAUAUGACAUUACCACAAUUUUUGUUCAACAUUUGUUAUUAAUUUAUUUUGUUGUUUAUUUGGAUAUAUUUCCUUGUAUUGUGGUGAAAUUUCAACUGUUAAACCUUUCAAACUUUGUCUCGGCAUUUAUAUGCAAAUAGGAAUUUUUUUCAAUUAAUUACCAAACUUUUUCUGUAAUUCUGGUAUGCAUUCAUAAUUCUUAUAUAACAUUUAAUCAAAGUGACAAAAAUAUUGUGAACUUACAAGCUGUGACACUACCCAUAAAAUUCUUAGCAAAAUAAUUUGUAAUGAUCUCAAAUAUUGCAACUUUAAACACUUGGCACAAAUUGUACUGGCUUAGAUUUUUAUGCACAAGCAGUCAAAGGGAGAGAAUUCACUUCUUUUUCCACAGUGACAUUAAUCAACAGAUGCUGAAGUUGAAGGCUAGUGUACAUAUUUAUUCAGAAACAUUAUCAAUUGUUUUGUGUCAAAUUAUUGCACCAUUUUUGUCAAAUUUCUCAUGAAUGAAUGGCAGAUAUCCAAUCUCUCCAUAAAAAUACUUAAAAAAAAUUGUAAAAGAUGAAAAAGGUUAUAUACAAUGUAUAUACAUUUAAAAAAUUGCAAAAAAGGAGAAAUUGGGUAUCAAUGCAAAAGUUCAUAAAACAGGAAAUUCAGGUAUUUUCAUUAAAAGAAAUAAAUUCUAGUGAUAAUAUUUUAACAUAAUGAUUUUAAUGAAAGAAAGUUGAUGAAAUUUGAUUUCAUCACACAGAUAUUACACAAUUUCCUGCUUUAUGAGGAAACGAAGUUCAUAUGUAAGAGGGGAGGUGGUUGAUAAAUUGUGAUGCAUUUGAUUUGUGAGAAUUUACCAAUCAAAUUUGAUUAUUUUAAAAUAUGAGGUUGUACAACAUAUUAUUUAAGCUCAACUUGGACCAAAGACAAGAAAACUAAGUAUAAAGUACUCCAUGCCACAUCCCAUAGCUGCCAUAAUACUUGAUACAAGUUGGGAAAUGUGAAAUAAUUAUCAUUCUGUUCAAGAUUUGCUACAUGUAGAUAGAUAGAUGUAAAAUAUCAAAGAUCAGUCAUUUAAGAAAGAAUCUGAUGCAAAAUAAAAGUGCAUCCUCACCUCACUAGAGUAAAAAGUCUUGGAAGUUUUCAUGGAAAAGUGUGUGACAUUUUUUUUCUCUCUAUUUAUUGUGUGUGAUGUGUGCCUGAAUGAAUGAAGCUUUCUGUAUUCUGAGUGUCUCUGAGCAUCUUGCCAUUUCUGGUGAGAUUUUGGAUCUGUGUUGUGACAUCUCAAUGCUGUGCUUACACUUAAUUCUUUACCUUUUGUAAUUUCUCCCCUUCACAAUGUAUCUUCUUAGCAUAAGGUAGAAAAAAAUAAUAUAUAAUCAUAGAUCUUCAUUAUUGUACAGAUUGUAGGAAGACAAGUUGUAAAUACAUCAGCUGUUCAGAUCUGCUGGUUUGAAGGGGAAAAGCUGUUCAGUUUAUGCUAUUUAUGUUAGGUAUAACUGAUAAAUGGAAGAAAGAAUUUUAGAAAGGGAGAGUAAUAAAUGAUAAAAAAAAAUGAUCAAGGGUACACAUAAUAUAAUGUUUAUUAAUCAUUUAGAAAUAGGUAGGGGAUUAUUGUUCUUGAUACGAGUGCUAGAAGAAAAAUGGACCAUAUUUGACACAAACAUGAACUCCACCCCUAACACAUGACAAGAAGAAAUAUCAAGGUCUACUGUAUAAUUUGAUGUAACACAUUUUUCUUUGCUCAACAGACAUGAUUCAGAACUAAUCAUGUUUUUAUGCCUGUUGGUUGUUUUAGAAUGAAUUUGUAAAUAUGUUCAUGAAUUCAGUGAAAUUGUAAAUAAAAAAAUGUUUGAGAUACACAACUAGUAUUUAAAAAUGACUCAAGUACAUAAACAUUUUUUGGGAUGAAUUUUGUUUGCAUGCUGUUUGCAGAUUUUUUUUGUUUAAAACCUAUAUCAUCACAUUCCACGUUUGUAUAAAUAGUCUGGACAAGCAUUCCAAAGAUCAAACCAGUGUGUACUAACAGACAAUUAUAAAUAGUUCAGAUAAAGAAAGGAAAAUCCCUCAGACUGGAGGAUUUAUCUGAUGUUUUGUUUGAUUUCAAGUUUUACUUUUUUGGAAUUAGAUUAAGAUUUGAUUAUUUUCUGAUACAAAGCACAGAAGUUGUACAUUGAUGUUAUAGAUGUUGAUGAAUGGCAGAUGUAUACUAGGGAUAUCACACCCUCUGUUUUUCACAUUAUCAUUCUGUACGCAGAGCUGUUAUGCUGAUGUCGGCAUGUGUUGUAUAUUGAGUGUCACAUGGUAAAUUUGACAUGUCGCACAUGAAUAACUAUUUUUACAUGCUGCACAUGGUCAAAUGUUAUACAGUAUACCAUGUGAUGCACAUGGCAUGGUAAAUGUUAUCUUCAAUAAACAAAUGCAUUGAAAAA